GCUUUUCAGUCACAUUUCGUCGUUGUUGUUUAACAGCUGAUACUAUUCCAGAGGAAAAUUCAACGGAGACAACGACGUGAACGUCAAGGUUAAACAAGGUCUUCGUUGGGUGUUUGGUGUGCUGUCUGGUAGUUAUUUAAUAAUAAAAUUUAAAAUAAAAAUAUGUUGAGGACACAAAUUCAAAGUCUACGUUCGUUAAAUAAUUUACGUUCGUUAAUAAAUGGAGCAGCAGCAGCAACAACAACUGCAGUAGGGGGUCAGAGAUGGCAGCAUACACAAGGAAAAACAAAAGAUUAUGAUCUGGUGGUGGUAGGAGGAGGCAUUGUCGGCACGGCAUCAGCGCGUGAAAUUUUAAUGCGUCAUCCGUCCAUGAAAAUUGCCAUACUUGAAAAAGAACCCAAACUGGCAUUCCAUCAAAGUGGUCACAAUUCGGGUGUAAUCCACGCCGGCAUUUACUACAAGCCCGGUACACUCAAAGCAAAGCUAUGUGUUGAAGGUUUACACUUGGCUUACAAGUAUUUGGAUGCCAAAGGCAUUCCCUACAAGAAAUGUGGUAAAUUGAUUGUGGCCACCGACGAGUUAGAGGUGUCACGACUAAAGGACUUACAUGAACGUGGUAUUAAAAACAAUGUGCCCGAUUUGCAGCUGAUAGAAGGUUCAAAGAUCCAAGAAGUUGAGCCCUAUUGUAAGGGUCUGAAGGCCUUGUGGAGUCCUCAAACUGGUAUUGUUGACUGGGGUUUGGUGACAGAGUAUUUUGGACAAGAUUUCAAGCAAGCUGGCGGUGAUAUUUACUUGGACUUCAAAGUAACCAAAUUUGAAGAGUCCAAAAACGAAGGUUCCUCCGAAUACCCUGUCACAAUUCGUGGCGAUCGUCCCCACCAAGUAAUAAGAUCCCGCAAUGUCCUAACCUGUGGUGGCCUCCAGUCUGAUUUGAUUGCCGAAAAGACUGGCUGUCCCCGUUCCCCACGCAUCAUCCCCUUCCGUGGUGAAUAUUUGCUUUUAGCCAAAGAAAAAUGCCACAUGGUAAGAGGCAACAUUUAUCCAGUACCUGAUCCCCGUUUCCCCUUCCUGGGUGUACAUUUUACACCACGCAUGGAUGGCAGCGUUUGGUUGGGACCCAAUGCCGUGCUGGCCUUCAAGAGAGAAGGCUACAAAUGGGGUGACUUAAACCUCUUGGAAUUGUUUGAUGCCCUGCGUUAUCCAGGUUUCCUUAAAAUGGCCUCCAAAUACAUUGGCUUUGGCCUCAAAGAGAUGAGCAAAUCUGCAUUUAUACCACUACAGGUUAAAGAUUUACAAAAAUUCAUUCCUGAUAUCACAGAAUACGAUGUCAGACGUGGCCCAGCCGGUGUCCGGGCUCAAGCAUUGGAUAUGGAUGGUAAUUUGGUAGAUGAUUUUGUAUUUGAUCGUGGCGUCGGAGCUGGUUCUCUUGCGACAAGGGUACUUCAUUGUCGCAAUGCACCCUCACCGGGUGCUACUAGCAGUUUGGCAAUUGCCAAAAUGGUUGCCGAUAAAAUUGAACAUGAAUUUGGUAUUGGAAAAUAAAGUGUUUAUAAGCAGAGGACGAUAAACGAAACCAAAAAACAAAACGGAAAACGAAAUAAAAUUAUAAUGCAUUUUUAUUGUGUUAUAUGUUUGACUAAUUAUUUAAAACAAAUAAUAAAAAGUCUUGUUAAUUUUUAAUUUUAAA